AUUUGUUAACAAGCCCUAGAUCCAUUCUACCCCUCUCCAUCCCCCGUCGAUAUCCUUAUCACAAACCCUAGAAGAUCCCUUUCAUCAUCGUGUGAGGCCGGUGAAAGUCUCCCGAAGCAAACCAGAGAGAGCUGGUGAGAGAGAGAUCAUGGGUUCGAAAUCGAAGAGCUUCAACCCCCGCUCAGGAGAUGAUGGUGCUAGUCCUGGGAAGAUCUUCAUCGGUGGAUUGGCAAAAGACACCACUAACGCUACUUUCAAUGAGCACUUUGGGAAGUAUGGAGAGAUUACAGACUCAGUGAUAAUGAAAGAUCGGCAUACAGGGAAUCCAAGGGGUUUUGGAUUCAUCACCUAUGCUGAUCCUUCAGUUGUUGACAAGGUUAUCGUAGAUAACCACAUCAUCAAUGGAAAGCAGGUUGAGAUUAAAAGAACUAUUCCAAAAGGAGCAGGGCAAUCAGGUGGAUUCAAAACAAAGAAGAUAUUUGUUGGGGGCGUGCCAUCAACAGUUACUGAAGAUGAGUUCCAGGGUUUCUUCUCCAAGUAUGGGAAAGUCGUUGAGCACCAAAUCAUUCGUGAUCGCGAGACCAACCGUUCUCGAGGAUUUGGAUUUAUAAUAUUUGACAAUGAGGAAGUUGUUGAUGAAAUUUUAUCCAAAGGACAUAUAAUUGAUAUGGAGGGUACCCAGGUGGAGAUCAAGAAAGCAGAACCAAAGAAAACCUCAAAACCACCACCUACUCCUGCAUAUGGUAGCAACUCUAGGGCUCGUUCUUUCAAUGAUAACUUGGGUGGAUUUGGCAGCUCAUAUGUGGGUUUUGAUGGAGGUUUUGGUCCUGGCCCCAAUAGGACACCAGGAGGUAUUGGCACUAGGUUUGGUGGAUAUGGUGCGUACGGUGGCGGUGGGAGUGAAUUUGGUGGUUAUGGAGAUUUUGGAACCAGUAGCUUAGGAGCAUAUCGAGGUGAAUCUUCCCUUGGUUAUUCUAGCCGCUUUGGAUCCUAUGGUGGUGGGUUGAGUGGGGGUUAUGGAGGAAGUGGUUUAGGCGGAUAUGGUCGGGGCGAAGGUUAUGGGAGUUAUGGAGCUUCAAGCUAUGACGGUUAUGACUCUGGUCCUGGUGCUAGUUAUGGUGGAGUAGGUGGGCAAUAUGGAAGGGGAGGCUAUAGCGGCAGUAGCCGAUACCAUCCUUAUUCAAGGUAGAAAAAAUGCCUUCCCAUGAAGCCUUGCUUAAGCCUUCUGUAGAAGCUUCUUACAAGUCUCUCUAGUUUCUUGCAUUCUUUCCCCUUGUGGAUUAAUAGGUGCUUGGCUUGAGUUCUAGUGGUUUAUGCUUCUACUGCAACCAACGACACGUUAGAGAUCAGAAGAGGCUAGUCUGGCUCAUUUUAUCUGUGGUAGAUGAAUAUUAUAGCAUCUUCAUUUAGUAUGCGGUGUAUGAUCGUGGUUUUCUGAACUAAAUUUCUCUUUAGUUUCUUGUGUCAAGUACAUCAUCGUUCCAAGCUUGCUACCUUCUCCUCUAGUUUGAUCUAGAUCGGACAAUUCUUGUGUAAUAGAUUUGUUUAGCUAUUAUGUUUACUUUAGCGCUUCAUUUGGGCCUUGUAACCA